AUGCUUCACAUGCAGCUGUUACACCACUUGAUGACAGAAACACGAAAAACAUUUUGGGAGAGCUUCGAUGUGGUUGUCGCUUCUCCCGAGACUCUACAGAUUUGCAUGUCUUCUCCGUAUGUCAUGAAUGAGCUACUAGCCCUCAGUGCCCUACAUCUGAGCACCUUGCGUCCAGUAGAGCAAGAAUUCUAUCGUCACCACGCAGCGCAACUGCAAACGCACGCAUUGGCAAUCCUCAACAGUAUGGAGCUCGAAUUAACCCAAGAGACAUGCGUCCCACUCUUUUUAUUUUCCGGUCUUCUUAAUGUCCACCUCCUCUACGACGUAUUAAUCAACCGAGACCAAGAUUUUGAUCGCUUCCUAGACCAACUGGUGAGCAGUUUCCGACUACAUCGCGGGAUCCGUGCCAUCACCGCAAAUUCAUGGGGUAUGCUUCGGGAGUCUUCGCUGAAGGCACUCAUUCUGGACAGUGAGAGACGGUUCUCAAGUAUUACGGGACUUGACCCCGAAUGUGCAAAGCUUUUAACCCUCAUCAAGGCGGCCAAACUAGGCCCCUCUAUCACCAAUACCUAUAAGCAAGCAAUAGAAUCGCUGCAGCACGCGAUGGUUACAUGCUUGUAUGGGAAGCAAGGCGCUAAUGUCACCGAGAUUACUGCCUGGCCGACAUUGGUUUCUCCGGAAUAUCUCGAUUUUCUCACGAUGCGAUACCCUGAAGCUCUUGUGGUACUAGCGUACUAUGCCGCUUGCCUGCAUACACGGCGCGACGUGUGGGGUUUUGGGGACGGUGGGCGAUUUCUGGUCGAAUCCAUCAUCAAGUACCUAGGACCAGAGUGGGCCGAGUGGCUGGAUUGGCCGGUCCGAGUUCUGGACGAUCAUCAUCAGAACUCGCAACGAGUUGAGAGUUGA